AUGAAACCUGGUGUUAGCAUUAAACAAUUCUUUCAAAGUUUUGAACGUAUAGUUGAAGCAAAGCGUUACAAUGAACUAAUUUGUGAGUAUGAGUCCCGACAUAAGCUACCAAUGUUGAGAUAUGAGAUGUCUCCCAUCUUGAUACAAAUGGGAAAAAUUUACACUCAUCCUAUAUUCACCAUUUUCCAACAAGAAUUUACUCCAUUCUUAGCAUGUUGCAUUUCAGAGAGGAUUGAAUCUCCUCCUAUAUUUGAAUAUGUCAUCACUACAGUCAGUCACGAAAAAUCAUGCAGAGUAUCAUUUGAUAAUGUCUCAAAAUCAAUUUCUUGCACCUGUAAAAAAUUUGAAACAUUUGGUAUGCUUUGUUCCCAUGCAUUGAAGGUAUUUGAAGCAAAUGAUGUCAAGGCUAUUCCUAAAAAAUAUAUCCUUAAGAGAUGGACAAAGGAAGGUCGUUCCGGCAUUAUAAACAAUUUCAUACGAAGAGAGAUUGAGGGGGAUUCAAAAGUUGCUACCAUGCAACGAUACAAACAACUUGCUUCUAAAAUGAUUAGACUUGCAUCAGAGGUAUCUAGUUCAGAGGAAUACUCGACAUUAGUGGAUGAAUGUUUAAAUGCUGUGUGUCGUCAAAUCUCACACCUUCAAUUACAAACACAACAUGUUGACAGUCACACUGACAAUCAUGCAUCUAAGUCGAUGAUCAAUGAUGGUACAAUCUCAAAAGGUUUCAAGCACCGACCAAGCUGA